AUGGCCUCAGAGUACCCUCAGUUUAUGGUUGACAAGUGGAAAUUGGCUUUCCAGUUCUUUGACGUUUCAGGCGAUGGUCUGAUGACAAAGCAGGAUCUUGAGCAAAUUGCAGAUUAUAUCUCCAUGAAGACCGGUGCUUCACCUGAGAAAGCUGCCCAGACCAGACAAGAAUGGGUGAAAUGGAUUAAAUAUCUUCAGCCAGACCCUUUGGUACAAGUCAACGAAGACCGUUGGAUAACUACUUGUGCCGAAUUUUGUCGAGACACGGAGAGUUACGCCCGGCUGCUCCGCGCAUGGGCCAGCGACCUGUUUGAUAGUAUGGACCUAAAUGGCGACGGGCAGAUAUCUUUUGAAGAAUUAAAGGUGUUUUACGGGUCAGUAGGUCUCAGCAACGACGGAAAGAUCCAAAAGAUUUUCCAGGAGUUGUCUAACAAGUUAGAAAACUUCAUAAGCCGAGAGUCUUUCGUCCUUGAUCUCGUGCGCCAUUUUUCAUCUUCCAACCCGGAACAUCGACCUGUCUUCAUAACACAGGUGAAAUAG